UUUAUGUCAUGAAUAACCAUCACUAAAUUACAAUUAAUAAAAUAAACGUAACAUUUUUAGGAUGAAUUUAAGUGCUAUUCUCGUUUUGCUAAGCAUCGUCGCUAAUGGAUGGUGCUUUCUGGAACAUGACAGCUGGAUUACCGUGGAGCUCCAUCAUGCGCUAGCAUCCAACUCGGACGAAUUUUCUUUCCGCGGAAAUGUUACAAUUCCUAGUCUUAAUUCGGGCUUGUCCAACGUAGCCCAACUUCCGUUGACACCUGGAGAACUGGACGCUUUAAAGGCUCUCGCGAAACAAAAUGAAUUCUACCGCUUGAAGGCAACUGUGGUAUAUCCCAACGGCAGCAAGACCCGCUUCAUUACAUCCAACAAGGCCUGCAGCUUGCUGCAAGCUCAUCUGAACGAUGUACUGUGGAUAUCACUAGAUCCUUCUGGAUAUGUUACCGGUGUUACUGCUUCUCAAGAUGCAUUGCCCAGUGCCGACGGCUGCACAAGUGAAGAAAUAAAUAACUUGGAGGAAACGCACUUUAACACCGAUGUGUUGAUCCGUCAUGCCGAGCUAGCUCCCGUACCAGAUACAGCUGGCUUUAUUCAAAAGGUCGAGCGUGAGCGCGAGGCCAGGGAUCGCGGUGAAGUUCGUGAUAACCGAGGAUUCUUUGCCAAAUAUUGGAUGUAUAUCGUUCCUGUAGUGCUAUUGGUAUUCAUUUCUGGAGCCACAAACCAAGACGGAGCUAAAUAAUAAAUCAUGUAAUUAAUGUUCACAAUUUAAAUAAACAUCCUAGACAAUUCUGUAUUAAUUAAUUCAUGCUAAGUAAUAAAUUGGCAAAUUAUGAA